CUUCGUUCUCUUGUCUGGUGAACUAGACAUUAGUCCAGCCGGGGAGAACAGUUGUAGCGAGAUUAUCAUUGUUUUUCAAGGCAAUGUUUCGAUAUUGGAAGAAUUUAUAUAGAAAAUACACCUCGAAUAACGACCGAGGCGCUAGAAUGGACAACGCCGGGUUUUGCAACGAGACCUAUGAAAGCCUUCACAACCCGGCAAGCGAUGAUGAGUUGGUCGAUAUAGCUGGAGCCACGCUCGAUUUCUCCAGCACGGAGGACGUGCCACCUCUAGACCCCGAAUACGGCUCAGGCUACGGUAAUACCGGUUACUCUAAUGGUAUGACCAGUAACGGGGCUGGUAGUAACGGUAAGCUGAUGGACCUACUAGAUGAGCCGGUACUGGGGGUAGGGACCUACGAAGACUUCAAUACCAUCGACUGGGUCAGAGAGAAGAGCAAGGACCGCGACCGCCACAGAGAGAUCACCAGUAAGAGUGAGCAGUCUACCUGGGCCUUGCUCCACAGCAUCAGUGAUGCCUUCUCCGGCUGGCUCCUCAUGCUGCUCAUAGGACUCUUGUCAGGUGCUCUAGCAGGCUGUAUAGACAUCUCGGCUCACUGGUUAACAGACCUGAAGGAGGGUGUGUGUCUGUCUGGCUUCUGGUUCAACCAUGAACACUGCUGCUGGGGCUCUAACCAAACCACCUUUCAAGAGAGGGACAAGUGUCCACAGUGGCAGAGCUGGGCUGAACUGCUGGGUGGUAGCUCAGAGGGGGCAGCAGCGUACAUAGUCAACUACUUGAUGUUCAUGUUGUGCGCUCUACUGUUCUCCUUCCUGGCUGUCAUUCUGGUCCGGGCCUUCGCACCUUACGCCUGUGGAUCAGGAAUACCAGAGAUAAAGACCAUCCUCUCUGGGUUCAUCAUUAGAGGCUACCUGGGGAAAUGGACCCUAAUCAUCAAGACAAUUACCCUGGUCCUGGCUGUCUCUUCUGGUCUCAGUCUUGGCAAGGAAGGACCCCUGGUCCAUGUAGCAUGUUGCUGUGCCAACAUCCUCUGUCAUCUGUUCACAAAGUACCGACAGAACGAAGCAAAACGACGAGAGGUGUUAUCUGCAGCCGCAGCAGUGGGCGUGUCUGUGGCCUUUGGCGCUCCUAUAGGAGGAGUGCUGUUCAGUCUAGAGGAGGUGAGCUACUACUUCCCUCUGAAGACUCUGUGGAGGUCGUUCUUCGCUGCGUUGGUGGCAGCCUUCACUCUGCGCUCCAUCAACCCGUUCGGUAACAGCCGACUGGUCUUGUUCUACGUAGAGUUCCAUACCCCCUGGCACAUGGUGGAGCUGGUCCCGUUCACCCUGCUGGGCAUCUUCGGUGGCCUCUGGGGGGCGCUCUUCAUCAGGGCUAAUAUCGCCUGGUGCAGAAGGCGUAAGACCACUCGUCUGGGCCACUACCCGGUGCUGGAGGUCUUGGUGGUAACUGGAAUCACAGCCCUCCUCUCCUUUCCGAACAAUUACACCAGGAUGAGUGGGUCAGAACUGAUCUCAGAACUGUUUAAUGACUGUUCUCUACUGGAUUCCUCACAGCUGUGUGACUACAACAGCUCUGAGAACAGGUCUGACUCUGGUGUGUUUAGUGCCAGCCUCGCUGAUAGGGGGUUCAGUAACACACUCCCUGAUAGGCCAGCUGGACCAGGUGUGUACACAGCGCUAUGGCAACUGGCUCUGGCACUCUUCUUCAAGAUGCUGGUCACUGUGGUUACCUUCGGCAUGAAGGUCCCUUCCGGUCUCUUCAUCCCCAGUAUGGCUGUAGGGGCGAUAGUAGGCAGACUGCUGGGAGUUGCCAUGGAACAGAUGGCGUUGACCCAUCAUGACUGGCUCAUCGUCAAGGGCUGGUGCUCAUCAGGGGCGGACUGUAUCACACCAGGGCUCUACGCUAUGGUGGGGGCGGCAGCAUGUCUAGGUGGUGUCACCCGUAUGACCAUAUCGCUGGUGGUCAUCAUGUUUGAGCUGACGGGCGGUCUGGAGUACAUUGUUCCUCUGAUGGCUGCGAUCAUGACCUCUAAGUGGGUAGCGGACGCGUUGGGGCGUGAGGGGAUCUACGAAGCCCACAUCAGACUCAACGGUUACCCCUUCCUGGAAACCAAAGAGGAGUAUGGGCACAAGACCCUGGCUCAGGAUGUGAUGCGCCCUAGGCAGUCGGACCCUCUCCUAGUCGUGCUCACUCAGGAGGGUAUGAGUGUAGGGGAGAUAGAAGGGGUGAUAGCAGACACUGACUACAGUGGCUUCCCCGUGGUGGUGUCACAGGAGUCUCAGAGGCUAGUGGGCUUCGUACUGAGGAGGGACCUGGUCAUAUCUCUAGACAACGCCCGUAAGCGACAGGAGGGGGUGGUCAGUGCCUCAUUAGUGUUCUUCUUGGAACACGUGCCCCCCCAGCCCUUCUCCGGUCCCCCUGUCGUCAAACUACGAGGUAUCCUGGACCUUAGUCCCUUCACUGUGACAGACCACACCCCCAUGGCGAUAGCUGUGGACAUCUUCAGGAAGCUGGGACUCAGACAGUGUCUGGUUACACACAACGGAAGAAUGGUUUUGCUGGGAAUCAUCACUUUGAAAGACAUUCUGAAGCACAUGGCUCAGAUGUCCAACAGAGACCCUGACUCUAUCCUCUUCAACUGAGACCCAGACUCUAUCCUCUUCAACUGAGACCCAGACUCUAUCCUCUUCAACUGAGACCCAGACUCUAUCCUCUUCAACUGAGACCCAGACUCUAUCCUCUUCAACUGAGACCCAGACUCUGUCCUCUUCAACUGAGACCCAGACUCUGUCCUCUUCAACUGAGACCCAGACUCUGUCCUCUUCAACUGAGACCCAGACUCUGUCCUCUUCAACUGAGACCCAGACUCUGUCCUCUUCAACUGAGACCCAGACUCUGUCCUCUUCAACUGAGACCCAGACUCUGUCCUCUUCAACUGAGACCCAGACUCUGUCCUCUUCAACUGAGACCCAGACUCUGUCCUCUUCAACUGAGACCCAGACUCUGUCCUCUUCAACUGAGACCCAGACUCUGUCCUCUUCAACUGAGACCCAGACUCUGUCCUCUUCAACUGAGACCCAGACUCUGUCCUCUUCAACUGAGACCCAGACUCUGUCCUCUUCAACU